AUGUACCUCUCUUACGUAGAGGGGGUUUGCUUAGUGGAAUUUCCUCUGAAUCUUUUUGUUCUUGCUCGCGUACCUAUAAUUGAGAACCAGAGAACCAGAGAUAUGGGUUCCAAAUCUGAGCUUGCCAUCGAUAAGUUAUUUUCUGAUUUGCAGAUUAAUGAGUUUAUGCCAGAUUUUGAUGUUUAUCUUCCAAAUAGCCGGUUUACAAAGUCUUCCCCUGGUGAUCCAAAGGAAUUCACACUGGCAGACACGCUGCUUCAUUGCAUGGCAGUGUGUGAUCGGGUUGGGGGGUUGGGUCAUCCACCAUCUAAAGUAGAGAUUGAAUCUCUUGAGAAACAAUGUGGUGGCAUUCCUUUGAAAAUCUGCCAGCUUAUAGGAUUUGGUGAUGUGCGAGAAAGAUGCAGAAUGGGCUCAGUGACACACAACCAAUACUUGGCUCUAGCCAAACUGAUCAUGAUUUUGAUGUGGGAGCAUGUUAUUGUUGACCAUAGCAAGAAUAUGAAGGCAUUGGCUUAG